UUCUCACAACAAUCAGUCGCUUUUCAUUGCAGCAACAAAAUCUUCUUAAUCCCUCUCUGUAUUCGCAAAAAAUGGCAAGAACCAAGCAAACUGCUCGCAAAUCGACCGGUGGAAAAGCUCCGAGGAAGCAAUUGGCGACAAAAGCCGCCAGGAAAUCAGCACCGGCCACCGGAGGAGUGAAGAAGCCACACAGAUUCAGGCCAGGAACCGUUGCUCUAAGGGAGAUCCGUAAGUACCAGAAGAGCACAGAGCUCCUGAUCCGUAAGCUUCCAUUUCAGAGGCUUGUGAGAGAAAUCGCUCAAGAUUUCAAGACAGAUCUGAGGUUCCAGAGCAGUGCUGUCGCUGCACUUCAGGAGGCUUCUGAGGCUUAUUUGGUUGGUUUGUUUGAGGAUACCAAUCUGUGUGCCAUUCAUGCUAAGAGGGUUACAAUCAUGCCUAAGGAUAUGCAAUUGGCCAGGAGGAUUAGAGGCGAGAGGGCUUAGAUUUGAUGAAAUUGGUUAGGGUUUAACUUGUGUUGUAGAAAGUAUCAUCUGUUGUCGAGGUCAUGUUGUUUUGACCUGUUUGUAUUGGUUCUAAUUAAAUCACUCUUGUUAUCGAA